AUGACGGCGACGACAAUGGCAACACCCAAUAUGGACCUUAUACGGGGCAUGACGGCGACGACAACGGCAACACCCAAUAUGGACCUUAUACGGGGCAUGACGGCGACGACAACGGCAACACCCAAUAUGGACCUUAUAUGGGGCGUGAAGGCGACGACAAUGGCAACACCCAAUAUGGACCUUAUACGGGGCAUGACGGCGACGACAAUGGCAACACCCAAUAUGGACCUUAUACGGGGCAUGACGGCGACGACAAUGGCAACACCCAAUAUGGACCUUAUACAGGGUAUGACGGCGACGACAAUGGCAACACCCAAUAUGGACCUUAUACGGGGCAUGACGGCGACGACAAUGGCAACACCCAAUAUGGACCUUAUACGGGGCAUGACGGCGACGACAAUGGCAACACCCAAUAUGGACCUUAUACAGGGUAUGACGGCGACGACAAUGGCAACACCCAAUAUGGACCUUAUACGGGGCAUGACGGCGACGACAAUGGCAACGCCCAAUAUGGACCUUAUACGGGGCAUGACGGCGACGAUAAUGGCAACACCCAAUAUGGACCUUAUAUGGGGCAUGAUGGCGACGACAAUGGCAACACCCAAUAUGGACCUUAUACGGGGCAUGACGUUUCUCUGA